AUUAUGGAAAAAGGAACGGGGAGACCCGAGGAGCCUUCGAGAGAGCCCCUUGAGAGUCGAGAGCGAGCAACCGUUCCCGGCCCGAUCCCCUAUCUUCUCCGAUGGCGUAGCCGGCCGGAGCAGAGAAGGGAGAGGUACACGGAGUAGUCUUGUAUAUAGCGCGUCUAGUUUUAGGUGGUAUUCUGCCCAUGUGGCGUAUGGCGGUAUGCCGAUGUGGAUAGCGCCGCCGCCGUGGGCGAGUAGCGGCCGGUGGCUUACGGCGGUGGUCUUCAUGGUGGUGCUGACUGGAGGUCAGUCGCUGCCGUCGAGCGCAUCGUCGGCUACUCCACCAAUAAGCUCGCCUGGUUCCCUGUUCUGGAGGUGCUCCGCUUCCUCUCCUGCUUCUAUGGUCGCCGUGGUGGUGGAGUUGAAGCAGGGGAAAGAUGGAGGUCCAGAUCGGGUUUGUGCUCAUCCCCGAUGGCUGCUGGUGAAUGGCUACGGCGCCGGCCAUGGCGCUUGGCUGCCGGCCGUUUCUUCCAUGCCAUCGGAUCUGCUGGCCGAAGGGCGGCCGUACUUCUUCCUUCCGGCUAUGGAGCCAAUUGGGAGGCAGUGCUUCUUCAACAUGGAGUCCGCGGCGAGGUGUCGUGGAGGCUUUGCCACACCAAGUGGUGUUGUCCCCGGCGGUGGCAAGGUUGCAUUCGUGAUGAAGGUGCUUGGGACCCGAUCGCGUUUUUCAUUUGGUUGUGGGGGUCCUCUUUGUAAAAUGCAGGGACCAGUGUGUUAUCUAGGUUUAGUUCGGGGUCCUUUUGCAUACUGCUGUGUACCACCGCUGUUUUAUUACUAAUGCAGUCUCGGGGUCCUUCUGGACCCCUCUCUCGUUCAAAAAAAAAAGAACGGCAUCCUGCAACAGUGGUAUGCUAUGAUAGAGAUAAUUAAUAAUUACCCGCC